AUGGAGACAUCAGACACCCCAUCAAUACCUCUACCAACCAGCAAAACGAUCCCAUCCUACACUCCAUAUCCUUUGAUAUCAACAAUAUGUUCAAUUAGUGCUCUACUAUUUUCUGUGUAUUUAUUACAAGCGCGAAGUGUUACUAUCAUCCAUAUUUAUAUUGGAACUUUUCUAUCACUGGUGCCCAAUAUAUUGGCUAUUCACACCGAAAGAACGGAAAAAUUAUGGUGGGGUGUACCUUUGGGGAUACUCAUACUGGAUACGAUCUCAUUGUUUUUAAUUAAAGACUCGGAACAUGAUAUUAGGAGUUUAGAGAAAUUAAAAUAUAA